AGACUUAGGGGAGGGCGCAGCUUUUCUCAGACGUUUGAGUUUUAACCCCAUUGGAGACGCCGGUCCGGUAAGAAGGCAAAAAGGCUGUGGAUAGCUUGCAACAAAAGGCUCGGGACUUCCCUCUUGGCGUCUCUCAGGGUUCGAGGCGCAUUACAUCCUCCGCAGGAAACAGGUUUUCCUCUUUUGCGGCUGCCACCCCCCCUCCCCUCCCCUCCCCUCCCCAAUUGCACAGCCAAGGAACCUCAUGCUCUGUGCAGAGCGACAGCCCAGGAGGCAGGAUGGUUCUGCGGGAUCGGCGAGGCGCUAACCUGGUACCGUCACCGGAUCGCGGCCGUGUUUUCCACCUCUUGGUGGUUUCCCUGGUGCUCCCGGUGCUCGGGCGUGGGCUGAAGGUGCAGCGCAAGUUCGUCUCGCCCACCGCCACUAACAACUUCGCCCUGGAUGGGUCGGGCGGCAGGAUCUACCUGGCGGCGGUCAACCGGCUUUAUCAACUCUCGGCUCCCAACCUGACACUGGAGGUGGAAGAGCAGGUGGGCCCCAAGGAGGACAACCCCUUGUGCCACGCUCCCCAGCUGCCCCAGGCGUCCUGCGAGCACGCCAAGAAGCCGACCGACAACUACAAUAAGCUGCUGCAGCCGGACCCGGAGCAAGGCAUCCUGGUGGUCUGCGGCUCGGUCUACCAAGGCUUCUGCCAGCUGCGGAGCAUGGAGAACAUCUCGGUGGUGGCCGUCCCGUUUCCACCUCGGACAGGUGGUGGAGGAGGAGAAGGGGGCGACCAGGUCACGGUCUUCCCCAGCAUGCUCAACGUGGCGGCCAACCACGCCAACGCCUCCACCGUCGGUUUGGUGCUCAAGCAAUCCGGGCAAGACACGAGGCUUUUGGUGGCCGCCACUUACACGGGCUUGGGCAGCCCGUUUUUCCCGCGCAACGCCAGCCUGGAAGAUCACCGUUUCGAGAACACGCCCGAGAUCGCCAUAAGGGCUCUCAACGCCCGCGGGGACCUGGCCCGGCUCUUCACUUUCGACAUCAACCCGUCCGACGACAACAUCUUCAAAAUCAAGCAGGGCGCCAAGGACCGGCACAAGCUCAGCUUCGUCCGCGCCUUCCUCCACCGGGGAAGCCAAAGCGCGUCGUCCUCUCGCCCGGAAGGGGGCGCCUCCGGAGGCCGGAGUUCUCCAGCGGGACCGGGGGGCCCCUAUUCGUCCCGGGGAUCCCAGGCUGCCAAACCCGGCCGAGCACCGGCCGCUUUCCCGCCUUUGCCUCAGGGCACCCCGCUUAGCCGCCCGUCGGCCUCCUACGCUUACUUGGCCCUCAACAGCGAGGCGAAUGCGCGCGAAAAGGAGAGCCACUCGCACAGCCUCUUGGCUCGCAUCUGCUUGGGGGACCCGGCUGAGACGACCCCUCUCAAUAGCAGCGGCGGCGGCGGCGGCGGCAAUGGAGAGACCAAAAAGUUGACCGAGUCUUACAUUCAAAUGGCGCUACAAUGUAGCCACCCCGGAGCCGGCGGGGUCACGCCGGGAGUCUCCACCGGGGAUCUCUUCAACAGGCUGGUCUCCGUCUUUCCCGCUCGCGCCGCCCUGCAGGUGGAUCCCGGGAGUCCUCCUUCGCCCCAGCCGGAGGAGCUGCUCUUCGGGGUGUUUGAGAAAGCUGCCUCCCCGGGUGCCGGGCUUGGCGGUCGACAGGCUCCUCAGCCCUCGGCGCUCUGCGUCUUCCGCUUCGCGGAGAUCGAGGACGCUAUCAGGGUGGCCAGAAACUCGUGCUUCGUGGCUCCGGACGCCGACCUGGUCACUGUGCUGGACAGCGUCGUGCAAGGGACCGGGCCUGCCUGCGAGAAGAGGAAAAUCCAGUUGCAACCAGAACAACUGGACUGUGGUGCAGCACAUCUCCAACAUCCAUUAUCAAUUUUGCAUCCAAUCAAGGCUAAACCAGUGUUUAUUUCACCAGGCCUUACAUCGGUGGCUGUCUCCAGUAUCAAUAAUUACACAGUUGUAUUUUUAGGAACAGCAAAUGGAAGACUGCUUAAGAUUAAUCUGAACAGUUCCAUGGAGGUUAUAAGCAGGGAAUCAAUUAUGGUGGCUUACAGUGAACCUGUCCAUCCUAUUAUGCAGUUUGAUCCAUCUGAUUCCAGUUACCUGUAUUUAAUGACUUCUCAUCAGAUUGCUCGUGUGAAAGUAGCUGCUUGUGACCAAUACACUAAAUGUGCAGACUGCUUGGCUGCAGCUGAUGCUUACUGUGGAUGGUGUACUUUGGAGACCAGAUGUUCACUACAGCAUGAAUGCGCCCAUUCGGAAGAGUCUUAUUUCUGGAUCAGUGCCAAUGAGGGAGUACAACAAUGCCCUUCAAUGACCACAAUGCCUUCAGAAAUAAAUAUUGAGAACGAAAAUGAGGGUAUGAUAAUCCAAAUAAAUGGGAACAUUCCAAAUAUGAAUGGAAUGGAAAUAGCUUGCAAUUAUGGAAAUAAUAUCCAAACCACUGCUAGAAUUCAUCCCCAAUCUCACAACCAAGUAAUUUACUGCAGUUUUCUUCCCAGAGAGAGCUAUCCAGCCUUUCCAUUAAAUCAAGAUCAUGUAAUUAUUCAAACUGCAGUACAGGUCAACGGAAAAAACAUUGUGUGGGCCAAUUUCACCAUCUAUGAUUGCAAGAGAACUGGAAAUAUUUAUCCAAAGACAGCAUGUAUCAGUUGCCUCUCAGCUAAAUGGAAAUGUUAUUGGUGUCCUAGAAGAAGCUCCUGUGUAUCCAAUGUGACUGAAUGUGAGAAUUCAGUACAGAUUACUAACAGUACUGAUUGUCCACAGAUUGUGCCUGUUUCUCUUGCACCAGUAUCCACAGGGACUUUUCAGGACAUUACAAUCACUUUGAGAAAUGCUGCUUUUAUAAAGGAAAUGCCUUUGGAGUGUCACUUUGAAACUGAAAGUGAUAGGAUAUUUGAGGCUCAGUGGCUAAAUGCAUCUGCUGUUCGGUGUACUAAUGUGUUGCUUCAUACCUUCGAGAAAAGACACUUAUUUCUGGUAAAUCUUCAGUUGAAAGGAAGACCUGAAAAAUUUAUUGACAGUCCGCAGAUGAUGACAGUGGAGAUUUAUAAUUGUGCAAUUGGAAGUGCCGAUUGUUCUCAGUGUCUUGGGAGAGAAGAUCUUGGUCAUCAGUGCACUUGGAGCGAGAUCACUUCUAACUGCAGACUAAAUACUGAAGCCUCCCAGAUCCCAGCCAUGUGUCCUCCUCCUGAAAUUAGGAAGAUUGAGCCUCUGGAUGGACCCUUGGAAGGAGGAACUCAGGUCACGAUUCGAGGGAGAAAUCUUGGGCGUAGAUUCAGUGAUGUUGUUAAUGCUGUCAAGAUAGGAAAUGUGAAAUGUUCACCACUUCAGGACAGAUAUAUAGUCUCCGAGGAAAUUGUUUGCUGGACUGGAGAAGCAACAGAAGAAUUUUCUGAUGUGGUGAUAGUGAAUGUGAGCAAAGAAGGGAAAUCCAAGGAGCGAUUUUCUUAUAUACUUCCAGUAGUGAAAUCUAUGUCUCCAUCUGUUGGACCAAAAGCUGGCGGUACCAAAGUAACUAUCACAGGAAAUAAUCUCAGUAUAGGAUCCAAGCUUCGAGUUUUGCUUAAUACUACAAAAGAAUGCAGAGACAUCAGUCGCACUGAUACCACCAUCAUUUGUACGAUGCCAAGUAUGGAAACUAUUACCCAUGUGGUUGUCUGUGUCCAAUUUGAAGACAAGUCUUGCAUUGGUUCUAAUAACUUUCAGUAUGAGAAAAAUCCAAGUAUAACAGAUAUCAACCCCAAAAAGAGUCCAAUCAGCGGAGGCAGAACCAUCACUGUGGAAGGAAAUGGAUUUUUGAUGGCUCAGAGUGUGUCCAUGGUUGUUCGUGCUGUUGGAAAAGAACAAGUGAACUGUAAAGUUCACUCGGACACUGUGAUUACCUGCCCUUCUCCAGCUGCCUCCAAUCUUACUGGAAGCAAGCCAGCAUUAGUGGACUUUUUCAUCAAUGGACUCCUGUAUACCGACGAGAGCCUUUUCCCCUUUGAAUACCCUGAGGAAGCUGUACAUGUUAGCAAAUUCCACAUGGAAUACUAUACAGAUCCCCAGUUCUUCACAGCCAAUAAAGAGAAAUUGAUUAAACAUCAUCCUGGAGAGCCUUUCACCCUUGUUAUACAUAAAGAGCCUGACAACCUUGGUCUGGAAAGCAAUGAAUAUGAAGUUAAAAUUGGCCUAAUUUCCUGCGAGAUCCAAAUUGUUUCUGACAAAAUCAUUCACUGUUCAGUCAAUGAAUCUUUGAGCACUUCAGAAAGAAAACUCCCUGUUACGAUCCAAGUUGGGAAAUUCAAUCAAACAAUUGCUAUGUUGCAUCUUGGAGGAAGUGAAACAGCUAUCACAGUUUCAAUAGUCAUCUGUAGCAUCUUACUCCUGUUCUCUAUUGUAGCGCUGUUUGUGUUUUGCACCAAAAGCCGACGAGCAGAGCGUUAUUGGCAAAAAACUCUGCUGCAGAUGGAAGAGAUGGAGUCCCAGAUUCGGGAAGAAAUCCGUAAAGGUUUUGCUGAACUUCAGACAGAUAUGACAGAUCUUACCAAGGAGUUAAAUCGCAGCCAAGGAAUUCCAUUUCUUGAAUAUAAAUACUUUGUGACUCGCACUUUCUUUCCCAAAUGUUCUUCUCUCUAUGAGGAGCGAUACAUACUGCCUUCCCAGCACCUCAAUUCCCAGAUGGGGUCUCAAAUCCAAGAAACUCACCCAUUAUUGUUGGGAGAAUGGAAAAUUCCUGAAAACUGUAGACCAAAUAUGGAAGAAGGAAUUGCAUUGUUCUCCACCUUACUUAACAACAAGCACUUUCUCAUUGUGUUUGUCCAUGCUCUUGAGCAGCAAAAGGAUUUUGCUGUACGAGACAGAUGCAAUCUGGCCUCCUUGCUUACUGUUGCAUUGCAUGGGAAACUGGAGUACUACACCAGCAUCAUGAAGGACCUCUUGGUAGAUCUCAUUGAUGCUUCCGCUUCUAAAAACCCCAAGCUUAUGCUGAGAAGGACAGAAUCUGUGGUUGAGAAGAUGCUGACCAAUUGGAUGUCCAUCUGCAUGUACAGCUUCCUCAGAGAAACCGUUGGGGAGCCCUUUUUCCUGCUGUUGUGUGCUAUUAAACAACAGAUCAAUAAAGGAUCUAUUGAUGCCAUCACUGGAAAAGCAAGAUAUACACUUAAUGAAGAAUGGUUAUUGAGAGAGAACAUUGAAGCAAAGCCAAGGAAUCUUAAUGUGUCUUUCCAAGGCUGUGGAAUGGACUCUCUGAGUGUUCGAGUAAUGGAUACAGAUACUCUCAGUCAAGUUAAAGAGAAGAUACUCGAAGCCUUUUGCAAGAACAUUCCAUACUCCCAAUGGCCAAGAGUGGAAGAUGUUGACCUAGAAUGGUUUGCCACAAGCACUGACAGUUACAUCCUCCGGGACCUUGAUGACACUUCCGUGAUGGAAGAUGGCAGGAAAAAACUGAACACCUUAGGACAUUAUAAGAUCCCUGAUGGUGCCUCCCUAGCCAUGAGUUUAACAGAUAAAAAAGACAACACUUUAAGUCGAGUAAAAGAUUUGGACACUGAAAAAUACUUUCAUUUGGUCCUUCCCACAGAUGAACUAAAUGAAAAUAAAAAAUCAUAUCGACAAAGUCAUAGAAAAAAAGUUCUUCCUGAAAUCUACCUAACCAGAUUGCUUUCCACAAAGGGCACACUGCAAAAAUUCCUGGAUGACUUAUUCAGAGCCAUUCUGAGUAUCCGAGAUGACAAGCCACCUUUGGCAAUUAAAUAUUUCUUUGAUUUCUUGGAAGAGCAAGCAGAGAAACGGGGAAUCUCUGACCCAGACACAUUGCACAUUUGGAAAACCAACAGCCUACCUCUGAGAUUUUGGGUCAACAUUCUGAAGAACCCCCAAUUUGUCUUUGAUAUCGACAAAACUGACCACAUAGAUGCCUGUCUUUCUGUAAUAGCUCAGGCCUUCAUUGAUGCCUGUUCCAUCUCUGACCUGCAGUUGGGCAAGGAUUCACCCACUAAUAAAUUAUUAUAUGCUAAGGAGAUUCCUGAAUAUAGAAAAAUUGUACAGAAGUAUUACAAACAGAUCCAUGAUAUGCCACCACUUAGUGAACAGGAAAUGAACGCCCAUCUAGCAGAAGAAUCCAGGAAAUAUCGGAAUGAGUUUAACACCAAUGUUGCCAUGACAGAGAUUUAUAAAUACGCCAAGAGAUACCGCAGUCAGAUAGUGAAUGCGUUGGAUUCCAACUCUACCACAAGACGCACUCAGCUUCAGCACAAAUUUGAGCAAGUGAUUGCACUUAUGGAAGACAAUAUUUACGAGUGCUGCAGUGAAGCAUAGGUAUCAGCUGGAACUUUCUUCCUGUGUUUAGAAGUGACCUUCUCUGCAGUGCACUGUCUUUUAAGAAACACCCUUUCUAAGUCAUUGUUUGUCAAUAAGUACCCCGCUGUAUGUAUAUGAUGAUUAAGAAACCAACUUGAUAGCAGAUCUGCCCCAUCUUACACUAUCUGGAGAGGUGUCCACUAAACAGCUUGAAAUUUACUAUAGGAUCUGCACUACAUGGCUCCCAUAACUUAUUUGCCCUCCUGCUCAUCUUCAAAAUGGCCAUCUUUUACUUCAUUCAUUUUCCCGGAGAAAAUCUUUGCGCACCAAAGGAUAUGGAGAUAAUGCUAAGAUUGUUGAGAGAAAAGCAGCAACAACUCAGGGAACAAUGAAUGAAGGUUUCAAAAGGCUCUCAGAUCCACACAGGAAUUCUCUGUCAACAGUGCCCCUCUUUCUUCUGUGUACUUUAAAUAUCAGGGAAUCCAUUUAUUGUACACAGUUUGCUGCAUUAUAUGUAUUUUGUGCCUUUUAUUUUUGUACUAUAUGUGUAACAUAGCCACACCAUCCUCCAACAUUGGAAAGAGGUGGAGAUUUCAUAGGCUCCACAAUGCAGUUCCUUCCCAAAUAGACAUGGCAUGUGAAAGCACUUUAUCUAAUCACAAAAAUGGCUGUUACCUUGCUGAAGGGAUCAUUGUUGCGUAGCAAACAAAAGUCAGAAAACAACCUAUCAGUGCAGCUGUUCCCACUUCUCCAAACUUCCCAGAUAUUCCGGUAGGUUGAUUUGCACUCAGCAAAUUCUUGGACUGCCCUCUGAUUGCUGGAGGAAUCAUUUUCCAUAGAAGGAAAAGUAUACGUAUGCUGCAGGGUCAAAGGAAUGUGCUUUCUUCCCUUAUUCUACCCCUGUUAGUUCGAAGGGUAUAUAUAGGGCUGAACUCUCAGCUCAGCUUAAACCCAAAGUUCAUAACAGUUGGUUUAAUGUAAGGCCGCUGUUAAUUUUCAGUAGAACAAAAAUAAUGGUAUGUAUUUCCGUUCCAAUUUCUAUCUGAAAGGAACUUUUUUGUGCAUUGCCAGAAUCAUUGCAAAGUGUCAUGUGUUGCUAACUUUGAUGCCUGAAAUGUUCCCUUUAUCCUUACAUCGUCCUCUCUGUUGUGAAGGAGAGAACAUCAGUAGUUCUAGUACUCUCAAAAUUCCCCUUUGGUACCUUAGGUAGUUGCCUUGAGGCAAUAGAUGUUUUGUAUAAGAAGAUGAAAACUCAUCACAAACACUGACGCCGAAACACGCCCUUGACAAUGCCAAGCUCAUGAACUGCCAAAUAAUGCUCAAAGCAUACCACACUACCUCACCAAAAACAAGGGAGGAGUUGCCACAGUUUUGAGGCUGAGUUGAUUGUGGGAUGAAUUUCAGUUUUUUAAUCAAAAUCUUGUCCUUGACAGUUACCUUAUUUCAGAUAUAACUUUCCAAAAUGCCUAGUGUUAGUAUAUUAUUUGAGGAACUGAUAUGUCACGAUGGAUUUUAUAUAUUGCUAUAUUGAAAUAUAGAUUUUAUCCAGGGCAAAAACAAAGAGGAAUAUAGAAGACCUGAAAAAAGAACUUCAAAAAGUUACACUCACUGAAGAAAUGUACAUGUAUUUGCCAAGAGACUGGUUAUGGAAGAGAAAUUUAAGAAUGUAGCUGGGCUACAUUUAACUUGACAGAAGUUGUUUGUUUCCUUCAAAAUUAUUAUUAUUUUUAAUCAUGAGGAGCUGCCCAGUUACACACAUACUUAAGGAAAACUCAGGAAUGGGAGUGAGGGGGGGACCCUAUUCUGGAUGACCAUGUCUGCAGAGGAGGGAAAUGGAUUGAAAUUGAAGCAGGUGUAACAAAUGUGCUAGUUUUGUCUGUGCAGGAAGCUGUAAUUUUGGCAACAACAGCCUAGUUCCUACAUAGAAUUGGAUGAGCAGAAAGCUCUUAGCUAAUAUGACUGACCUUCCUUUCCCCCUGGAAGGUCUUAUCCUGGGUAUGACUAGAGGUAGAUGUGAGUGUUCCAAGCUGUGUGCUUGGUACACAAGUGUGAUGGCCUAUGCUUUGUUAUUUAAUUCUUUGUUCAAAUAUUUGCUUCAGUCAUUGAAAAGAAAUAAGUUGUUUGCAAGGUGGAAACUGAGGGGAGCCCAACUUUAUUGUAAUAUAUAUAAAUAUAUAUAUUAUAACUUUGUCAAGUUAUUUGUGAGUGUUUUUCCCCUUUACCUGGUGUUUGAUGGAAGUGGCAAAAGGUGCUGGGGGAUAUCUUUGUAAUAAAACAAGUUGAUCAAA